UUUUUACACUGCAGAGACUGAAUCAUUUUUUCAUCGAAGACGAUUCAGAGUUGGAUUUCUUCUGGAAAACAGCGUGACAAUGUGGAUGUUUGCUCUUCAGGUGGUUGUAAUCUUUGUUUUACUGCAGGUGCCAGGCUGCUUCUCAUCAUGCCUCAUAAUGGGCUCUGUGGCCAACUGUGCCUUCAAAAACCUCCGCUGGGUUCCUGCUCUGCCUCCCAACAUCACCCACCUGUACCUGGGGAUGAACCGCAUUGGGGAGAUCAAUGCUACCUCUCUGUCAGGCCUCGAGGAGCUACAGGAGCUGGACCUCGGGCAGCAGUAUUCACUACUCAGGAUUAGGAACAACGCCUUUAUCAGACAAAGACAACUGAAGAGGCUGGUGCUUGGCUAUAAUGUCGGCCUUCAGCUAGAGCCACAAGCCUUUGCAGGACUGUCCAAUUUGCAGAGUCUCUACCUGGAUUACUGUUCACUUCAAGAGUCCAUCCUGAAGGAGAAGUAUUUGGAGCCACUGUCCUCCUUGGAGACUCUCAAUCUUUUUGGAAACAAGAUAAAGAGACUCCAGCCUUCAAUGUUCUUUUCAAACAUGACUCAUUUGAAAAAUCUGAAUCUCAAGCUGAACAAAAUUGACAAAAUAUGCGAGUCUGAUCUGGUUGGUUUCCAGGGGAAGCAUUUCCAGGUACUGAAUUUGGACUCUGUCCACCUUAAGGACAUGGCUAGUGAAAGCUUUGACUGGCAGAAAUGUGGGAACCCUUUCAGAGGAAUGUCCUUUCAGACCCUUGACUUGUCCUACAAUGGGUUCAGCGUGAAGAAAUCAAAGCAGUUUUUCAGAGCCAUCAAGGGUACUAAGAUCUCCCAUCUCAGACUGUCAGGGCCCAUGGGUAAAGGAUUUUCAUUUAACAAUCUCCCUGAUCCAGACCACAGCACUUUUGAAGGCCUGAGGAACAGUUCAGUCCUCACUUUGGAUCUGUCUAAAAACAAGAUAUUUGCAUUGCAACAAGGGGUUUUUAGUCCACUUAAAGAUGUUGCAAUCAUUGACGUUUCCCAAAACACAGUAAAUCAGAUACACAGAAAUGCCUUUGAAGGUCUUCAGAGACAUUUAAAAAUGCUCAACAUGUCACAUAACCUGCUUGGGGAAAUCUAUUCCCACACAUUUGCUUCUCUAACAAACCUGCAAGUGUUAGAUUUGUCUUACAAUCACAUUGGUGCACUGGGAUAUGGCUCAUUUCGUGGACUUCCCAAACUGAAAGCGUUAUAUCUAACUGGAAACUCACUGCGAGAACUUGGUUUCCCUGCAUCUCUACCAAACUUAGAUUAUCUCCAGUUGAAUGACAAUAAAUUGAUGCCCUCAUCUGUGAACAGUAUCACACGUUUUGCCACUAAUAUCAUUCAUUUGAACAUUCAGGACAACAGAUUAACAAACUUGGGAGAUGUUUACACCUUCUUGACUCAGCUGAAACGCCUCCAGCGUCUCUUCUAUGGAGGAAACCCAAUCAGGUGGUGCACACUCAGCAGAAAAGUUUCAGAAAUUGGUUUGAAUAAUUUGCAUGCCCUGGAUCUUCAUGGCAGCAAUCUGCAGUCCAUUUGGUCAAAAGAGAAAUGCCUAGAUCUGUUUGACAAUCUUGGGCAUUUGAUCGGUCUCAACUUGAGCUUCAACGCCUUACAGUCUCUUCCUCAAGGCAUUUUCAAGGAUCUCACCUCCCUCUUGGAAAUAGACCUUUCAUCCAACACCCUGACAUAUCUCCAGCCUGACAUGUUCCCACAAAGUCUUGAAGUUCUCAACCUCUCCAACAACUUCAUAGCCUCCCCCGACCCCGUUGUUUUCCGCUCUCUCAGCGUCCUCAACCUAAAAAUGAACCGAUUCCACUGUGACCCAAACCUAAAGAGUUUUCUGACUUGGGUGAAAGACACAAACGUAACAUUUAUGAAUCCUGUUGCAGAGCUCAGAUGUGAAUUUCCUUCUGGUUUCUAUAACGUUCCUCUCUUAGAUUACUCUUCUCAGUUUACAAAGCAGUGA